GAAGGGGGUGGAGGUGCUGGUGGAGGUGGUGCGGGAGGAGCCGGAGUAGGAGGAGAAGGUGCCGCCGGAGACGGAGACGGACGCCGUGUGUUUGCUUUGUUUAUAGUUUUAGUGUAAACAAUUGCGAACGGGAAAACCAAUUCCACGGCAUUUAUGUAUGUACGUGUUCGAGAAAAAUCGAAUCUGGAAAAUGCCCAAAAAUGUUCGAUUGCAUUUGAAAAAGAAACUAUUGAACGUUGAGAAAAUUGGGGCGGGGGGUGAAUUUAAAUGAUCAUUAAGUUCCAAGAUCACUUACUAAAUGCAAUUAUAGACAAUGUAAUUUAUGAGCAUUGCACUGAAAUUAGUAAACAGUUUUUGAAAAAAAUUAAUUUGUUGCAGUAGUAAUAUUACUAUAGUAAUAUUUUUGAUAGGUUCUUAUAAAUUGGUGAACAAAACUAGCUAGAUAUUGAUUUUUAAACUAAAAUAUAACCUUUUAUGGUUAGAACUUUCUACAGUUACAGUCUACAGGUUUCUCAUUGUAGAUGACUCUAUUGUCUACUAGCUUAUAAUAUUUUAAAGGAUUUUAUGUUUCACAACAAUAAUUUAUAAAAUAUACAAAUAUUCCUUAACAUAUAUUCAGUAUAUUCCGCUGACGACGUUAAGCAAUGAGAGCCUCCCUCCAGAGCACACAUAAAUUAAAAAUCUCAAUUGCAGCCAAAAAAAAAAAACCAAAAAAACGAAAUUGCAAUGGGAGAUGGCAGAUGGGUCUGGGUUUGGGUAAGAAGCUUGCUCUUUAAUUAAUUCUUAGAACGGGUUUCAAGUAAAUGCCCCGCAAAGUCACAAUGUACAACACCAUUCUGUGUGUAUGUAAUCGUCUGGAUAUUGGGAGAUAACCGGUAAACAACGAGGUGACCAGCGAUUUCAAUUCCAAUUCCAUUUAUAUUUUUGGGAAUAUAAAAGAGCUGUCUGCGCCGCCACCAAGUCAAAUCAAAGUCAGCUUCCCAUCCAGAAACAUCAGAAUGUUCAAGAUCGUCUUCAUCUCGUUGGCCGUGUGCCUGGCUGUGGUUCUGAGUGCCCCAGUUGACCAUGUGGCCUCCAGCACCCAGCCACCGAUUGCCAUAUUAGAGUCGUCUCAUGAGAAGCACGAGGAUGGCUCCUACAACUUCUCCUACCUGGGCGAGGACGGCACUCACCGGCGCGAGGAGGCGGUGGUCAGGAACCAGGGCACCGAAAACGAAUACCUCGAAAUCAGCGGCUCCUACUCCUACUUCGAUGCUGAUGGUAAAGAGGUGACCGUGACCUACAAGGCCGAUGACCAUGGCUUUGUUCCAGAGGGAGGCGCCAUCCUGCCACAAAUCUCGGUGGCUGCCAAGCAAGUAAGCGAGCAGGUUUCUCAGCCUGAUCUGGAAUAUGUAAAGCCCCCUAAGGUCUAAUAAAAAAUGGAUUUAAUUCAAA